GGUCUACGGACAGGGGACAUCACGAAAGCUGGGAAGUAGACUGAGUAGCUAGAGCUCCGGCUUCCAGCCAGGGGUGUGGAAGCGCCUCUGGUGCUGUGAACCGAAGCCGCGCCUUCCUCCCGGCCUUCCGGUCUUUCUUGCCAGCUAGGCCGGAAGGGAACGGUGCACCUAACAGCCCAGUGUUUUCAGACCUCAAGCUCAAGAGGUUCAGGCUCACUGGGGUCGCUCGUCGUGCUUCGGCGCGGGGAAAAGGUCUUGUCACGCACGGAGAGCUGGAGUACUAACAGCUCGGACCUCAACCCCAGGCUUUUGCUUUGGAGGACAAAAUCCCUAGCUGACGCGAGCGGGCCUCCUGUUAGAGGGUGGCACCUGGAUGAGCCUCGGGGAAUACGAAAAUGAUCCACAGUCUGUUUCUCAUAAACUGUUCCGGUGACAUAUUUCUAGAGAAGCACUGGAAGAGCGUCGUGAGCCAGUCUGUCUGCGAUUAUUUCUUUGAAGCUCAAGAGAAAGCUGCUGAUGUUGAAAAUGUACCACCUGUUAUUUCAACACCUCACCACUACCUCAUCAGUAUCUACCGGGAUAAGCUCUUCUUUGUCUCUGUCAUACAGACUGAAGUACCACCUCUCUUUGUAAUUGAGUUCCUACAUCGAGUUGCUGACACUUUUCAGGACUACUUUGGUGAGUGUUCGGAGGCUGCAAUUAAGGAUAAUGUGGUCAUAGUAUAUGAGCUCCUGGAAGAAAUGCUGGACAAUGGAUUUCCACUGGCUACUGAAUCUAACAUCUUGAAAGAAUUGAUUAAACCACCAACAAUUCUGCGUUCUGUCGUCAACUCUAUCACAGGCAGUAGUAACGUUGGGGACACACUCCCCACUGGGCAGCUGUCCAACAUUCCGUGGCGCCGCGCAGGGGUAAAGUACACAAACAAUGAAGCCUAUUUUGAUGUUGUUGAAGAAAUAGAUGCAAUUAUAGAUAAAUCAGGAUCUACAGUCUUUGCAGAAAUUCAGGGGGUCAUCGAUGCUUGCAUUAAGCUCUCUGGAAUGCCUGACCUUUCCCUUUCUUUCAUGAAUCCAAGGCUUCUAGAUGAUGUCAGCUUCCACCCCUGCAUUCGGUUCAAGCGUUGGGAAUCUGAAAGAGUUUUGUCAUUUAUUCCUCCAGAUGGAAACUUCCGACUCAUAUCAUACCGUGUCAGCUCACAGAAUCUAGUGGCAAUACCAGUAUAUGUGAAACAUAGUAUCAGUUUUAAGGAGAACAGUUCUUGUGGUAGAUUUGAUAUUACAAUUGGACCAAAGCAGAAUAUGGGGAAAACUAUUGAAAGCAUCACGGUGACCGUUCACAUGCCGAAAGUUGUGUUGAAUAUGAACCUGACACCGACACAAGGCAGCUAUACAUUUGAUCCAGUUACCAAGGUACUAACGUGGGAUGUGGGGAAAAUCACCCCACAAAAGCUCCCCAGUCUUAAAGGACUGGUAAAUUUACAGUCUGGGGCACCCAAGCCAGAAGAGAAUCCAAGCCUCAACAUACAGUUCAAGAUCCAACAGCUUGCUAUUUCAGGCUUAAAAGUAAACCGCUUGGACAUGUAUGGGGAGAAAUAUAAGCCAUUUAAAGGAGUCAAAUACGUCACAAAAGCUGGAAAGUUCCAAGUGAGGACAUGAGAAGAGGCCAGAAUUGCUGAAGAUUUAUUUGUUUUCCAGGCAUCAUCACAAUGUAUUACUAUUAGGUACCAAUUGGGUGGGAAUACAUAUUCUAGUUAAAGCAUUUGUGUCUAGCCACACACCGCUAACAAAGUUGCUUAGUUAUCAAUGCAGGGUUCUUAAGGAACUUUAAGCUAAGGAAACUUCUGAAUGACUUAGCUUAUUUGUACCUUGUCACUUAGGAAAGUUUUAGAGGUGAUUUCCUCCAUAGGAAGGCACCAGCUAGAGGCUGCACAUUGUAACAGUCAAGGCAGAAGUCUACAGUGAUAACCUCUCCCCUAAAACAAGUGAACCGGUCUCAGCCAGCAGACGCUGUCUUAGUCUGUAACGUGAUGUAUCAAGUGGAGCCCAAUGUCACACUUGAUCGUAGCCAUCCCCAAUCAUCUGUCCCAAGAGAGGAAUAGUUCCUCCCACCCAAGAAGUUUACAAAAAACUGCCUCUUCAAGUGUUUGCCUUAUUCAGCUUUUCACUUGUGCCAUUAAGCAAGCACUGUAGCAAAAGCCACUCCACAUGGCCCUGGCAGGGAGCACUGCUGCUCCAUGCUCCAUUCUCACUGUACUUGGUAUUGUAUUUUUUAUAAAUAAGAUUUUUAUGUAAAGCUGAUUUUGAUUUAUAGGGACCUUGCUGCAGGAAGUACACUCUCAGUUUUGUGCCACUUAGCUCAUCUGUUAGCACAGUAAAAGUCAUUUGUAUCAAAGGGGCAAAUGCUCUAAGGUAAUAAAAGGGAACACUACUUCUACUUCUGCUUUUAGGAAGUUAUUGCAAGCACAAGCAUUUGAGAUUUUGAGCAAACUAACGUAGUAAAAGAGAAACUUAAGUGAACCUUUGCCGUCUUCAUGUUUUAUAAAGCUUGUCUAAUACCACUUAGAACCAAUUAGCCUAAAGCCCUCAUGCCCUAGUUCAGCUAAAGGAACAAAAUGUGCCUGCCUCAAUACUGUCAAAUUAUUAUUUUUUUAAUCUUUUAUCUUUUUUCUUUCCUUUUCAUAAUGGAUUCAGUUUGCCUACAUUCUUUGCUUUCAGGGGGACUCCCUUUACGUAGUGUGUGCUACCCAAGGCUAUAGUCAAAAGAUUCCUCUCUGAAACUGCUGUUGAAACUGUCACUGGAAUACUUAAAUAUCUCUACUGACCAAGUAGGUGAAAGUACAUAUAUAAUGAGGCAGAAACAAAAUCCUCAGUAACAUUGAUAAACCUGUAUUGAUCUUUGUGGUUGGCGAGUCAGCCCGCAGUUAUCAUUUAACUUGGAUGACUUAGAAGUCCUUGCCCACUUAUUUUGGUUCAUUAGACAUGAAGAAUAAAGUUAAGAUCUAAGUGCUUGGUCUUGCGACUAGUUUUCUCCCUGUAACUCCAUUCAUUUUGUUCUUCUCAACUUAUAAUUCCCUUUCCCAUAUGCUAACAGUAGCCCUUCCACUCACCCCAUUCUCCUGUCAAGGGCUGGUGGUUGGUGCUGAUACAGGGAGCCCACUGCACAGCAGCAUUCUUUGCCUGCCUAUGGCACCAAGCCUGCCUUCCAUCUAAUAUGAAAGAUCAUGUUUUGCAAUUUAUAGGACAACCAGUAUCAGCUUGGCAGCUAAAAUUAAGAUGUUGCCAAAUGUUUAUUCCCUUUGCAUAAGGUUGGUUACCAAGUUCAGUUGCUUUUCAUUUUAAUGUCUUCCUUUUCAGAGUUCAUACCUCAAAAGAGCGAUCAAUACAUUUGUUCUUCUUUCUGCAGAAUCCCUCAACCAUCCAUAUAUGGACUAAUUUUCUUUCUCUACUACCCUCCCAAAUCCCAGCAGAUUGUAUGCCAAGAGUCCCUUGCCUCUAGUAACUUCUGCUAAAACUUCCAAGGAGACUGUUUCCUUUUACAAUUAAAUUAUUGUAUUUAUUAAUUUGAUGGAAUCCAGUAAGUCCUUUCUCCAGCUCUGGCUACACUGUCAAUAAAAAGAUGAAAGCAACAAGU